CAUCGGUACCAUCCAUCUUGUCGAGAAAAGUGCCAUUUGGAACAGUUAUUGUUUUUCCGAAAAGUGGCGAAAGAUCUUAAUUCUCCGAACGUAUAAGGAGGAAUGUGAAAAAAAUCAACAAGCUUCAUAGAGCCGUGUAAUCUGCCCUCUGUGUGCGUGUGUGUAUGUGUGUGUGUGUGUACCAACCGGAGCUGUCAUAAAUGUACACAUUCUAUAUAGAUUGCACGAUCUAUGCUCGGUUAGUGGGCCGAUUUACUCAAGACAAGUGAUCGUAUCUGACGCGCGGCAGUGAAUUGACAUUAAUCAUCGUCGCGCGGUGUUGUGCGCUCAUCGACCGUCUAAAGAGCUAGUGCCGCAUUCUUAUUCGACGGCGAGCUUCCUCACGCUAGCAGGUGAUCAUGGCUAAUCGGGGUACAGCCCAGAGGCCAAAUGGUUCAACACAAGGGAAGAUAUGUCAGUUUAAGCUGGUGUUACUUGGAGAAUCUGCUGUGGGAAAAUCAAGUCUUGUCUUGAGGUUUGUGAAAGGACAGUUCCAUGAGUACCAAGAAAGUACUAUUGGAGCUGCAUUUUUAACACAAACUGUAUGCCUGGAUGAUACAACUGUAAAGUUCGAGAUUUGGGAUACAGCAGGGCAGGAACGUUAUCAUAGUCUUGCACCAAUGUAUUAUCGUGGUGCACAGGCAGCCAUUGUUGUAUAUGAUAUAACAAACCAAGACACAUUUGUACGUGCUCAAACGUGGGUGAAGGAACUGCAACGACAAGCCAGUCCAAGUAUAGUUAUAGCACUAGCUGGAAAUAAAGCCGAUCUUUCAAAUAAAAGAGUUGUAGAAUUUGAUGAAGCUCAAACUUAUGCAGAUGAAAAUGGCCUUCUUUUCAUGGAAACUUCAGCCAAAACAGCAAUGAAUGUUAAUGAUAUAUUUUUGGCAAUUGCUAAGAAACUUCCAAAGAAUGAACAAUCAGGAAAUGCAAGUACAAGCGGUCAAGGUCGCCGAUUAGUUGAGACAGAAGGACAAAAGGCAGCAACUGGCAAUUGUUGCAAGUGAUUAUCCAAAUCUAUUUGUACCAUAAUCAACAAAUAUAAAUACACCAUGAGUGUGUCUGCAAUGAAUAUAUAUUUGAGUGGAAUAUAAAACAAUCAGAAAAACCACUAUAUUGGAAUGGGAGGUGAACUGUGCAGGACGAACAUUUUUCCUGAGUGAUCAAUGAAAAAAAUGCGUGUAUCACAUUGCAUUCAACGAUAUAUCAUCUAUUUUGAGUAUCAGAACUGUCAAAAAAA